AGAUGAGAUCUGAGAAGCUUCUCUCGCUCGAUCGCCAUGCAAAAGAUUGUCUUCACCAUCCUCAUCGUCAUCAGCGAGCCCCUGCGCACGCAUGCCGCCCGCCAUCGAAGGAGGUAAAGAAGCGAAGGUGAAGAAUAGAAGAUGCGUGACGACGUCGUCGACCUCCCCCAGGAGAUCCUGAUCGAGAUCCUCGUGAAGCUGCCCGUCAGAUCCCUCGCCCGUUUCCGAUGCGUCUCCAAGUCGUGGGACUCCCUCAUCACCGACCGGUCCUUCGUCUCCCUCCACCUCCGCCGCGCCAUGGCGUGCCACGACCGCUCCGUCGUCCUCCUCCGCCACUACUCCCUCACCCAGCGCAGGGAGCGCAACACCCUGUACCUCGACGGGGAGUCGUUCCUGGAGCACCAGGAGCUCGAAUUCCCCUUGAAGACCAACGACACUUACUACCUCGCCGGCUCCUGUAAUGGGUUGCUCUGUUUUUCCAACUAUAUCAUCAACCACCUCCAGGUAAUCCUCUGGAACCCUUCUCUCAGGAAGUGCGUGCAGUUGCCGGUCCCGCGGUUCAUCGAUACUGAUCUCACGCACACGUAUGUUCUUGGGUUCGGGUUCGAUUCGCGGCGCGUCGAUUACAAGGUCGUGAGGUUGAUUUACAUUCUGGGGAGGAACUGGUCGGUGCUAGUGCCGCCGGAGGUCGAGGUCUAUGAACUUAAAACUAAUGCUUGGAGAGGGAUCCAGACGGCGGUUCCUUAUGUCAUACCAGAAUCUUCGUCUCAGGCGUUUUUGAAUGGGGCUAUCCAUUGGAUUGGGUAUAACCCGGAUGAUAAGGUGGCUUCUGAUCCGAGGUCGAUUGUGGUGUUAUACCAUAUGCACGACGAGGUGUUUGGGGAAAUGGAGUUGCCGAAAGGCGGGGAUUAUGUGAACAGGCUGAAUUUGUCGCUGGCCGUGCAUCAAGAUUCGAUUUGCUUGUUGCAUUGCCAUCCGAUGGAAGAGGAUGGGCAUCAGUUAUAUGGGGUUUGUUGGGUCUGGGUCAUGAAAGAAUACGGCUCGUCGGACUCCUGGGCUAAGCUGUUCACCAUUAACAUCGGAGAGCACGGCGGGAUCGGGAGGGCGUUAGGUUUUAGGAAACAGGGGGACGUUCUGCUCGUGACUCACAAUGACGAGCUGGUUUCAUAUGACUCGAGGAGUCAGAGAAUUAGUCGGCUUGGAUUGUAUGGUGUAGCGAGAUCCUUCGAAGUCAUUCCAUACAUGGAUUGUCUAGUUUUAGUGUAAGGAGAGGAUGCACACUCUCCAGACAACCAAUUAUUUCCAGCAGAACAUGGUUUGAUGAGAAAACAUGUUUUUAUUUCAUGGCUGGUUAGGUUGUAGGUACCUUAUGUUGGAUUUCGCUCUACUGAAGGAGGGAAGCAUAUGACACAAAUAUUAGAGAACCAGAGUGAUUAGAGAUACUUAGACUUUAGUUGUUGUAUUUGGGUUGGUUACUGUUUCCACUAGAAGUUAUUCUGGACUAGUGAUGUGUAUUCUUUUACUUAUCUGUAUGAUGUUUUAUGUUAUUUUUUGGGAGUUUCAGAUGGUUGAUUGGAUGUAUGCAACUGUUAGUUGGGGCUCCUAACCCAUUGCAACUGCUAGUUGUCCUAGCAAAAGAAUGAUAAUAAUCUCUUUGUUCCUGGUUUUGUUGGUUCA